AUGAAGCCCGCCUUCCUCCUUGCCGUGGUCCAGGCGACCUCGGUCCUCGCCGCCGCAGUCACUCACGCCGAGACCACGGAGAAGCGCGCGCUCCGGCUAGAGCAAAAGUGCGGCAUACUGGGCGUCAUGGAGGUGCCCGAGGGCGAGGACGCCUCCGAGGUCCGCGACUGCCGCGAGCAUCCCACGAGGCUCCUCCAGCCGGGCAUGAACCCGGGCGACGCGCCCCUCCCGACGGACUACGAGGAGAGCUCCGACAAGAGCCCCAGCCCGCAGCACCGGGCGAGGAGCCUGCUCGCCAAGCGCGCGUGCUGGUUCGGAAAGGUGGUCGGGUGCAGCAAGACGGGCUUCUGCUACCGGAAAUGCUGCGACGUCGACGGCCCCUGGUGCUGGACGGCCAAGGGCAGGGAGGGCCUUGGCGGCUGGUGGACCUGCAAUUCCGACCGGGACUGCCUCAUGAGGGACGCGUGCGGCAUGUCUAAGGCGCCCUUGUGCAAGGACUGCGGGUGCAGCUGCUAG